AUGCGGAGGCCUUUGUUCUUGCGCAUCGUCAACGCAGUUGUAGCUCGUGACUCGUAUUUCAUGCAAACCACCGAUGUUGUUGGGCAGCAAAGUAUAUCGACUUUGCAGAAAUGCACAUCCGCUCUACGCCAACUUGCUUACGGAACUACUGCAGAUAUGUUUGAUGAGUAUCUCCAUGUGAGCGAGCAAACUGGACGCGAGUGCCUAGCAAGAUUCUGUCGGGCAGUGAUCGAAGAAUUCAAGGAUACAUACUUGAGAAAGCCAACGACCGAUGACGUUCGCAUGUUGGUCCACAUUCACGAGCAGGCCCACGGCUUCCCGGGGAUGCCGGGCAGUAUCGACUAUGAGAUCUACCCUCGAUGGCCCGUGUUCGUGAAGACUAUCACAUGUCCGACAAAGCCAAAGAGGUCAUUGUUCGCCCAAAAGCAAGAGGCGACUCAGAAAGAUGUGGAGCUUGCAUUCGGAGUCCUCCAAGCACGGUGGGCUAUGGACGAGCGAGAAAAUGUCACUUUGUGGAGCGACGAUCCGCUCGCCAGCACCACCAGUAACUACACGGUCACCGCCCCGCCCGUGCAGGGUGUUCCUCCCGACAUGCGCAAUGUCAUGGCUCGUUCAGCUGCGAUGCGCCAAGAUGAAGCACACACUCGCCUCCAAGCGGAUCUAAUUGAAGAAAUUUAA